UUUUUUAUAGCCUUCACUUUUCAGAUGGCUUCCCACUGGCAGUUGGUUCUCCUUAUUAUUCCUUCGUGGAAAAUACCUAAUAUCAGGCGAUUUCCAAUCACAAAAAUGGCGCCCUCAGCGCUCGGUCAUCUAGCAAGCCAAAAAGGAUAAGAACGAGUGAAUGUUGUGAAAAUAGUCCGUCUCUUGCAUGUGUUUAUUUUAUAAAAACGAUGUCAAGCGCGCUGGAGAAUAAAAUUCUCAAUUUACAGGAGCGACUCAGGGCUGAAAAUGAGUCUAGAGAUAGGGAUAGGCAACCUAGUGAAAAUAUUCCAGGAACGGUUCUACAGCCAUCCUCUAUGGCUCCGGUAUCGAGUCCUGCUGCACGAAGACCCAGACAACUUGGAGAAAUGGGCACACCAACACGGAUAAGAAAACAGUUGGAUCUACCUGUCUCACACAUGUUACCACCAAAGUCACAUGACGGUGAAUUCGAAUCAAAGCUUCAAGAAAUUAUGAAAAUGAACGGUAUUUUAAAUAUAAACGGUCAAAAGUAUCAAACAGAAAUGAAAGACCUGGAGCAUCUAGGUGAAUUAGGAAAUGGCACGUGCGGUCAUGUGGUGAAAAUGAGACAUAAGCCUAGUGGUGUAGUAAUAGCUGUUAAGCAAAUGCGCCGUUCCGGCAAUGCUGAGGAAAACAAACGAAUAAUUAUGGAUCUUGAUGUCGUUUUAAAGUCACACGACUGUCCUUAUAUUGUUCAAUGCUUAGGAUGUUUCAUCACCGAAUCCGAUGUAUGGAUCUGCAUGGAGCUCAUGGCCACUUGUUUGGAUAAGCUUCUAAAAAAAAGCAGACAAGCAAUACCAGAAAGCUUUUUAGGAAAAGUUACAGUUGCUACUGUGAAAGCCUUAUCGUACCUGAAAGAAAAACACGGAGUGAUUCAUAGAGACGUUAAACCUAGUAAUAUUCUCUUGGAUGAGGUAGGAGGCGUCAAGCUCUGUGAUUUCGGAAUAUCUGGUCGUUUAGUAGAUAGCAAGGCAAAGACUAGGAGUGCAGGUUGUGCAGCUUAUAUGGCCCCCGAAAGAAUAGAUCCACCGGAUCCAACGAAACCAGACUACGAUAUAAGAGCAGACGUGUGGAGUUUGGGUAUAACCUUAGUAGAAUUAGCAACUGGAGUGUUCCCUUACCGAGAUUGCAAGACUGAUUUUGAGGUACUAAGUAGGGUAGUUCAAGAUGAUCCUCCGUCCCUUCCCCUGGAUACAUGUUUUUCCAAGGAAUUCAGAAGUUUCGUUAACUGUUGUCUCACAAAGAACUAUAAACAUCGGCCAAAGUACCAUAGACUCAUGGAGCAUCCUUUCAUUAGAAAAUAUGAUCUUUUACAGGAAGAGGAAACGAACCCUUCAGUUCUAACGUCAGGAUAUCAGUGGUUUGGCAGAGUCAUGCGUCAACUUGAACCGAGGUUGGUUGGGGUACAUCAGCAAUUCACAGGUCAUAUUUCUCUAAAACAAACGGCACAUCUACAGGGAUACAUCGACACGUCUCCUUUUUUAAAUAGCGACAAUAGUUCGAAUUAUAGUCCAUAUACUUUGCAACAAAAGGAAAUUACCAGACCUUUUUCGCCACAAAUGACUAAGGACAAAGGCGAUUCUAACAUGCAGCGGCCUUUCACACCCUACAGGCAUUUCGUCGAGAGCAAUAAGGACUUCGUAUCGAGCCGGGGUUGGACUAGCGGUCAGAUUAAACAAGAAGCCAGAUCAUAUUUUCCUUACAGACAAGACAUCAAUUACGCAGACACUGGGAACAAACCUUAUUCUCAAUACAACACCAGAUACGAUGAGCGGGAUAGUAGUAAAGAUCGAUGGCGAACAGCGCCAAGAUCAUUGAGUCCCUUUGCCAGGGAUUACUCGCCAUGGCGGCGAGAAAAUGUCGAUCCUCCGGGUGUUGUUCAACCAGUUAGUGAAAAUGAAAGAUACUCUCCUUUUGUACAGCGACGGUUAGAACAUCACCCAGCAGUGCAUCACACCCACCCACAAUCCCAGGAUAUUUAUGGUAGCCCAGUGAUUAGUCGAAAACGAUUUCCUUCAGAACCUCCUCCUCAAGGAUCACAUAGUACUCAUAGCCCUCAAUCAUUGAUCUCCCGUUUCGCACAUCCACUAAAACAAGAAUCGUCGCCUCCAGUACAAGUUCAAGUUGGAUCCAAAGAAUCUGCGAAGAAACGUUUCGCCUCGUACGUGAGGCUCAGGCUUGGAAGCGAUCGUGCGCCUUCACCAGAGCCACCGCCUAGAUUGAAUCGAGGAGAGUCUCCGUUGACCCUUCGACGAACUUUAGUGGAUCAGUACUCUCCUUCUUUUUUGCGAAGAUAUGUCUCGCAUUCGCCACCCCAGCCUCCGCCGAGAAGAUUAUCGGAAAGCUGUUCAGUACCUGGAAGUCCUCAGCACAUUCGAGCUCAUCUUCGCUACACCCCUGACCUACAAAGAAGGCCACCGCCUUCAUAACCCAUUGAAAAAUUCAGGCAAUGCCCUUCGUCGAUGCCUCGCAAAACAGAAUCUAUUGAAUCGCCCGAUAUACAUCGUUUAAACGAGAGUCGCAUGAAACAAGUUUCGCUCCCCAGACUGUUUUUGAGUAACGUAAAGUCAAAACAGAGGUAAUACUCAUCAAGAAAAUUUAUCUGCAAAUCGCGGCGCAUGAAAAUUGUAUACGUGAUUUUCAGGACGAGCGUGAUCCUGUGUUAUUUAUAAAGAUAGACAAAAUAAUCAUUCAACGUUGAAAAUAAUACUUUGAUACAACUUUUUUUAUGACCGCAAGAAACUAGAUUUAAUUUUUCGAUAUUAAUUCUUGUUGUAAUGUGGAUUUACAAAGUAACUAAAUGCUUCGUUGUAAUUCUUAUGUUUUGACUGCUGUUGUAAAUUGUAAAGCUUUGAUUUUUGAUAUUUUCACAAGCUUCCAAGUUUUUCAUAUUUGUGAAGACCGGAAUUUUGAUUAAAAAUAAUCCACAAUUUAAAGCUUAACUUUCAUAUCGCCUAUACUUCACUUGAGCGUUUUUAAAAGUAUGCAUAAGUAUAUGUACAAAAAAUAAAUAAAUUACGGAAACGUA